AGAGAGACGCUCUAAUCGGAUUAUGGAAGCAGAUUUAUGCAGCGCACGCGUCUAUUCCUCUUAUCUUUUGGGUUUGUCCAGCGCUUCAACUCUCCAUGCUGUUUGUUGGGAGCGUGACGAGAAGUUUUCCAGGAAAGAUGUUGCGACAGUCGGGAUUGUUUUAAGUUACAAACAACUGCAAACAAUUAUUGCUGGGAGAUUUCACUUUCCACAUGAGUUUCUAAAGGGUGCUACAUGGCAAUCGCAAAUGGAGUUAUGAAGAAGUACAUUUUUAGAAUCAGUUUAUAGAAUUAUUAUUAAAACGGGAAGGUUAUAAUGUAGUUGAUGCACAAUGACGACGCAGACGCUUCACAGAUCUGAAACACAGUUUGGGAGUUAAACUUUGUUUUUAAACGAAGAGGAUUUGCUCAUGUGGUUUGAAUGACUUCAACAUGUCCAAAUGCAGCCAACGGUGAGGGGGGCUUUUAUCCGAAUGACUUGAGCAUUUCAUUUUACAGGGGUUAAAUGGUUUUGAUAACAGACAGCAGGGAUGGUGGCGGCUCAUCUCCAAGAAAAGUUAAACCGACAAAAUACACUGCAAGUAUCGGCAACUCCGCUCAAAUCUAUCCGACUAUCGUGGAGGAGCCACCUGAUCGAGGCAAUGAUGUUGAUGAUGAGUAUCUCGGAUCGUACGAGUCGGAUGUAUACGACGAGGAUGAAUUCGAAGAGUUGGAGGAUUUCUCGGAGCUGCCGGACACCAGGAGCAUCGCCUCAGAUGAUUCGUUUUAUCCACCGGACUUUGCCGAUUCUAAACGAACGCCGUCACCGGAGAGUCCGCCGACGCUGCCGCUUUUCCAGGCGUGCUGCAGCAACAAUGCGCUUACAGUCAAAUUUAAGAUUAGACAAGGAGUUACAGAAGAGGAGGUUCAGGAGACGGACAAAAACAAGAGAACUGGACUAAUAGUGGCGUGUUACCAAGGCUAUGUGGACGUAGUGAUCGCUCUUUCCCAGUGUCCUUACGUGGAUGUGAACUGGCAGGACAACGAAGGCAAUACAGCCCUGAUCAUCGCUGCUCAGGCAGGUUACAUCACAAUCUGUAACUACCUACUCAACUACUUUCCCGGGCUUGAUAUUGAGAAAAGGAACUGCCAUGGGUUCACCGCUCUGAUGAAAGCUGCUAUGCAGGGUCGGGUGGAAUGUGUCAGAGCCCUGAUGUUGGCAGGAGCUGAUGUGGAGGCCAGAGACAGCGGAAGGAAGUUCACCGCACGCGAAUGGGCCAUCUUCACAAGCCGAUACGAGACAGCCUUUGUUAUAGGCCGGCUGAUGCAACAACCGUGUCCCGAGCAGUUCUCUGACGCUUAUCGACCCGAGUGGCCGCUUCUUCCUGCGCUGGUGGCCAAAGCUCAGGCCCCCAAAGGCUGCAUUCAGAAGAUAUCAGAGACACUCCAUAACUUCUUUGACAUCAGUAACGUCACCGAAGCUUCAGAAGACGGGGUUCUGGAUCACAUGGUGCGCAUGACGACAGCGCUGGGAAGUCCGUUCAUCGCCAUCGCAUCUCGAACCGUGUGUCCCAGCAGCCCGCCUUGUGUGGGUAAACGCCGCUACGCCGUUCAGGAGAUCCUGAAAAAGCAACGAGCCGAGCAGCUUAAAGUACAGGGGCCAGAGCGCCUGGAGAACUACAAACGUCUUUUCCAGAACUCACGGGUCAUGCUGGUACCCAAACUCAAAGAUCGCCGUGCUAGUUUGCAGCCCCAGGCCCUUACGGAAACAUCCGCAUCUUCCGAUUCCCUCCGAAGAGGGAGUCUGCUCCCCCUACACCUCCUCAGAAGAAGCAGCGUGAGACCAGGUGUGAUGGUCCCCAAGGUUAGAAUUACCAAGGCACCUACGCCAACCUACGUGCCGGAGAAAGUGCGACGGAAGAGCAGCAGUAUAAACGGACAGUUCCUUGAGAUCCCUAAGUGGAGAUAUAAGGAAUUAAAAGAAGAGCGGAAGAAAGCAGAGGAAGCGGAGAGGAAACGACUGGAAGCUGCAACAAGGCGACAGCUAUCUACUGGCAAAAGGAAAUCACUGUGACCCUUAGUGUGUGCAGACACUGCUUAUCAUACUUGAAAUGCAAUUUUGGUCAUGUAUACUAAUAUAUUUUUAUAUUUAUUGUUUUUUUUAAAGAUUGUCUUUUUGUAAUGCUGAAUGUUUCGUGCUCAAAAGAUGAUACUAAUGGUUGUUUACAGCGAUGCCAUAAAAUAACCAUUUAGUCAUCAUUUUUUUCUCACUACGGUCUGUGUGAAACAGAAAAGUUUUUCUUUAUGGGACCAUACAGGCAAAAAUGGUUCUUCUAUGGCAUCGUGUAGCAAGAGUGUAAGGGACCAGUUUCAACAAGCAAGCCAACCACAAAGUCCCAGGUCAGCUAAAACAGGCACACUACUUUAAUACAACACUGUGUUUACAUUCUUUUAAAUAAUGGAUGAAUAUUCCAACAACUCUUUACUACAACCUAUGGAGGGAUAUUGAAACAGUAGCAUCAUGAAUGUAUUGAACAAACAAAUGUACCUCUUGAAACUUCAUUUUUUAAAACUUUUUACAAACAUUGGUUGGAUGUUUUGGGAAAAGCAAAACUUGUAUAUACAAAUAUUUGCACAUGUUCCAGAGGUAGUCAUUUCAAGGCCUAAUAGGAGAACAAAUAAUACUAAUUCAGCCUCCUUAAAAACUGAUAUAUAUUAGUAAAGUCCAUAACUUUAAGUAAACUCUAAAGGGACCAGUAAAUUAACCAUUAAAUGACUGAUUGCCAUGUACCUCUGCUGUUUGUUUCCAGUCGUCAUUCCUACUUGACCAUUGUAUCCACACUCUAAGAAUUUUUUUU